AUGGCUGUGGCAGGCCUCGAAGCCCUGCUCACCUCUACGAGGACUGAGCUGGCCAAAGCCAAGGAUGACUUGGCUACGGCCCGGACCACCAUUGAUGACACCGACUGUGAGGCGGACCGCCUACAGAGGGAAAACGAGCGUCUUACUGAAGACUUGGCCAACCUGCAGGACGAAAUCAACCGCCUGCGGAACGGCUACAACCUCCUUUAUGAGAGCCAUCAGAAUCUCAUGAAGGCCAUCCAACAAGGAGGACUGUCGAGCCAAGCGGUUCAACAGAAGGAGGCACAGAACGGCCAACAAGACCGGAUCAUCGUUUUGGAGGCCAAUAAUGCCGGCCUGGUCAAAGACUACCAGGCGGCCACACAACGUAUAACCGAAAUGAACGAGGAACUGGAAAGGCUAAGCACGGAAAACGCCUGCUUAGAUGCGGAGAAAUCACAUCUCGCAGACAUAAACUCCGAGUUGUCCGCAGAACCACCGUCCUACCAUACCUUUCCAGACUCGGGCACACAACGUCGACAAGAAAAAGUCGACGAGGCUUUGCGGCAGGGCCAACGCUUUUACCGCGAGCCAGUGUAUCACCAACAGAAUUACCACGUGAAUAUGGCUGUGGAAGGGCCAUCGGUUGGAGAUCCUCCAAAGGGGCAAACCAUACCCGCGCCUCCCAGCCCGGUGGACCGCGGAACAUCAACGGCGACAACAGAAACUUCUGUACCUCGAAAGGCCAAACCGGAUUUCGAGACACCGGCGCUGACAAAGCUUCAAAACCAGCCAUUAGCCGCUAUUGACCCAGCUUUGACCCCGGCGGAACCGGAAAAAGGGACAUCCGUCACGGACAAGCCAAAGGCAACCGAAGAGCCAAAGGUGGCCCCGGCACCUAAGGAAAAGCCCAAUAGACCAAAGACGCCCAAGAAGCCUAAGGCAACCCUUACGGCUCAGCAAGUCCUGGAAGAGGACGAAGUUGCUGAAGAUGAGGCGGAUAAAGACUUGCUCACUCGCAUAACCACAGGGCGGGAAAAAUCAGAGAAAGUCUCAAAGGACAAAAAGCAGAAGUCCAAUACGGUCCUACCGGACGUAUCGGACAAGUCCAGUACAGUCCCACCGGACGUACUAGACAAAGCGGUUGACAAGGCUGGACAGAAUGACGUUUAA